AGUGGUAAAACUUAUUUUGACAUAAACCAGUAUGGUAUCAUCUACUUUUGAGCACGGUGAACAUUUACAAUAGAAAUUAUUAUAUGAAUGACAAUUGUGUAAUAUUUACUAAGCUGCAGGAAUAGGAGUACCAAAAUCUGCAUAAGGUAAACCUAUUUCCACAUAUCAUACAUUCUUCGAAACAAUGAGUGACCUUCAUUCCGACAAAGCAAUAGAACGUUUGCGACAAAAGGUGAAAGCAGCGGAUGACACUCUUCAUGACGUUCUGGCUAUGGUAGAAACUGUUAGUGCCCAGCAGAAGGAUAUAAACAGCAUGAACCUGAAACUUCAAGAAUCAAACCAGAAGAUAUCCAUGCUUGGGGCGCAGUUGGAUACAUCUGUUUCUGCAAGAAAAAUGCAGAGCAAAGAAAUCCAAAUUCUACAAGACAAACUAGAGAGAUCAAAAGAGGAAUGCCAGAAGCUGACAGAUUUAAACCGCGCAGAAAAGGCGAGAGAGUACGAAAAAAGUUUAAGAGAGGUAGAAGCGUCCAAAGACGAAACAAUGAAAUAUAUGAAAUAUAAGGAUUUGAAAAUCCAGCACCUCGAGAGUGGUGCGAUACAGCAUGAACAAAAGAUAGAAAUGCUUGAAAAUGUUUUGGAAAAUCAAAAGUCUAAAUUGAACGAAUUGCGAAUGGAACUGGAGAAUAGUCAAAGACAUCUUAGUAUCACCAAUAGUUACCUUUCUCAGAAUCAAAGAGAACAGGAAAAGCUGUUUGGAAGAGACGUAGAGAAGUUGGAAACUGUAAGCAGUACAAAUGAACCGAUAAGGCCUGCUAGAAAAUUAGAAAAAGAAAACGUAAUGUUAAAGAAAGAAGUUCAAGAAAAAGAAGGGAUGUUAGCAAAGCUAAAGAAAGACAUGGAGGAGAAAAUAAAGGGUCUCCGCGGCCGUGUGGUUAGGAUCGCUGACUUUGAAUCAGUUGCCCCUUACCGAUGUGGGUUCAACCCUUGCUCGGAGCGUUGAAUUCUUCAUGUGAGGAAGCCAUCUAGCUGGCUUAUUGAAGGUCGGAGAUACUACUCCCAGGUGCCCGCCCGUGAUGAAAGAAUGUACGGGGGUGGCACCUGGGGUCUUCCUCCACCAAAAAAGCUGGAAAGUCGCCAUACGACCUAUAAUUGUGCCGCUGUGACAUUUAACCCUACAAAAACAAAACAAAAAUUAAUAUUCACAAAUAUUCAGUAUUGAAAGAUGUCAUACAUGAAUCUCAACUAAUUUAUUUACCAAUUUAUAGAAAUAAACUUUUUCUACUGUAUGUAUGGAAUUGAGAAAAUCUGCUAUAUUAUGUACAAGGCAAUUCAUUCAUGCAAGCAUCAAAGACGCCGCCAAGUCUUGUGUCUGAAGUACAUUUAUUGCAAUAUGAGAAAUCACCUAAUCAUUACUUUAUUAGUCUGACUGGCUACAAGUUAUCAACAUUAGCACAUAAAACAAUAUAUGUUAUAAACUGUUUAAAACAUGAAGAAUAAACAUGAUAGAAAAGUUUUACCAUGCAAUACAAAUCCUCUACCUGCAAUGACAUUAACAUUGCGAGUAGGUGGUCCAUUUACAUUCAAAAUUAAAGUAAUUAUUUCACUAACUAAGGUCAUCUCCUGUGAAAAGUUCUUAUAUGCAGGAGCGUGUGUAUGAAGUUUCACAGAAAUGCAGUUUGUUGGGAAAUGAGGAAAUGUUGAAAUUAUUUCAAAGUUGUGGUUCACAGAAACCAUUAUUUUUAUUAUCAUGUAAUGUAAUGAGUGUUUUCUAUUUACUGAUGAAGUUUUAUGGACCUUAGUCACCUACAUUAUAGAUUUCAGAAUGCAGAUUAUACACAACAAUUUACUGUUUCCCUUGACAAAAACAAUCAAAAAUUUUGUCCAAGAAAAGAAUGUUAUAACAUAAAUAAUCUUUAUAUUGUCCCUAUUCACAAAGUAUGAAUCUUUCUUAUAUACUUUUGAAUUUCAUAGAAUUCAUUUUUCUUUUCGGACGAACGAUAAACUUGAAGUCCUCGUUGAAUUGUAAGGUUACUAGGAGUAUGUCAGUGUCUAGUUCAAUCUAAUAUUACAAGAAAUUUAGAAAGCAUAAUAACCCACUGCCAAAGUGUAGAAAAUAUUUCAAUGGAAAUGUUUUUGUUUUUUUUAUUUGUUUUUUUUUUUGUCAGGAAUGGACAAAUACAAAAACUAUCUAUUAAAUUAAAAAGAAAAAAGAAAAAAAGAAGCAAGUAACAAGAUAUAAUAAAACCAGAGCAACUGACUAGUCAUAUAAGAUCAAUGAACAUAUAAAUUCAACAAGGAAUUCUAUUUUAAAGUCACUGAUGCUUUGAUAAGUUAUGGUCCCAUGGCUUUUGAUAUUUCGAUCUAACCACAUUUAAAGAAGUAUUAACUUGUCACUGACAAAUUCAGCCAAGUGCUCUUUAGCCUAUUGCACACCUUAGUUGACAGUGUAUAUCUGUAAACAAUGAGUAGA